AUGGCUAUAACUAGGCAGAAGGAUCCUUCCUGUGUCCUAGACCUCGGCUGCAGGCUGCCGGCAGUUUUUUGUACGACGUCCAACAUUCCCAAUUUCCUCACUGACUUCAACCUCACUGACUUCAAUCUCGCUGACUUCAAUCUCGCUGACUUCAACCUCGCUGACUUCAAUCUCGCUGACUUCAACCUCGCUGACUUCAACCUCGCUGACUUCAAUCUCACUGACUUCAAUCUCACUGACUUCGACCUCACUGACUUCAACCUCACUGACUUCAACCUCACUGACUUCAACCUCACUGACUUCAACCUCACUGACUUCGACCUCACUGACUUCGACCUCACUGACUUCGACCUCACUGACUUCGACCUCACUGACUUCGACCUCACUGACUUCGACCUCACUGACUUCGACCUCACUGACUUCGACCUCACUGAUUUCGACCUCACUGAUUUCGACCUCACUGAUUUCGACCUCACUGAUUUCAACCUCACUGAUUUCAACCUCACUUACUUUGACCUCACUGACUUUGACCUCACUGACUUCGACCUCAUUGCCUUCGAUCUCGCUGACUUUGACCUCCUUGCCUUCGACCUCAUUUACUUCAACCUCACUGACUUCGACCUCGUUGACUUCGACCUCACUGACUUCAACCUCACUGACUUCGACCUCCUUGCCUUCGACCUCAUUUACUUCAACCUCACUGACUUCGACCUCCUUGCCUUCGACCUCAUUUACUUCAACCUCACUGACUUCAACCUCACUGACUUCAACCUCACUGACUUCGACCUCAUUUACUUCAACCUCACUGACUUCGACCUCAUUGACUUCGACCUCAUUGACUUCGAUCUCACUGACUUCAAACUCACUGACUUCAAACUCACUUUAGGUGAAAACUGA